GACUCUGAUACAAAUCUCUCUUAGCAGCUGCGAGCUCGUUGUCUUGGCGAUUUUCUCUGUGAAUUGUCGCCGGUUAGUUUUAUGGUUUGCUCCAGCAGAGUAAAUCGGAAUUUUCGCAGGACGCUGCUUUGAAAAAUGAAGUCUUUAAAUCCGCGUUUUAUAUUUUUGCUGAGUUUAACACUAGUCAGCUCAAGCUUUGGAUUCUACCUUCCGGGUUUAGCACCAGUCAGUUUUUGCGAAAAAGAAGAUGCGAAGGAAUGUCAGAAAGACAUACAGCUGUUUGUGAAUAGACUGGACUCAGUAGAAUCAGUCCUGCCUUAUGAAUAUGAUGCGUUUGAUUUUUGCAAAGAUACGGAUGAAAGAAGGCCCUCGGAGAACCUUGGGCAGGUGUUAUUUGGAGAAAGAAUAGAGACGUCACCUUACAAGUUUUCAUUUAAGGCUGACAAGGCUUGUGUGAAGGUCUGCACCAAAUCGUAUGAUGCAGGUUCAAGAGAAGACAAGUUAAAAUUGGACUUUCUAAAGAAAGGAAUGGAGCUGAAUUACCAGCACCACUGGAUUGUUGACAACAUGCCAGUGACGUGGUGUUAUAUCGUGGAAGGCAAUCAGAAAGUCUGCAACCCAGGAUUUCCCAUUGGAUGUCUAGUGAACCAAGAAGGAAAGCCAAAGGAUGCCUGUGUGAUAAAUGCUGAUUUCAACAAGAAGAACACUUAUUAUAUUUUCAACCAUGUGGACAUCACCAUAGUUUAUCACAGUGGAGAUGAAACGAAUGGGAUGAGUCCUCGACUUGUGGCGGCAACACUGGAGCCUAGGAGUGUCAAGCAUAGUGAUGAAGACAGUCCAUCAUGUGAAGGCACUCCCAUGGACAUACCAGCAGAAUUCAAAAGUAAUCUCAAAGUCACCUACUCUUAUUCAGUUAAAUUUCAGCAAAAUGAUGAUAUUAGGUGGGCUUCUCGAUGGGAUUAUAUUUUAGUUUCCAUGCCUCACACUAACAUCCAGUGGUUCAGCAUCAUGAACUCUUUGGUCAUUGUGCUCUUCCUGUCUGGCAUGGUGGCCAUGAUCAUGCUUAGAACACUGCACAAGGAUAUUGCCCGGUACAACCAGAUGGACCAGGCAAACUGGGUUAAGAUCCCUCCAACUGCAAACAUUACCUAUGAGGAAGCCCAGGAGGAGUCUGGCUGGAAGCAGGUUCAUGGUGACGUGUUCAGGCCGCCCAGGAUGGGCAUGCUUCUGUCCGUAUUCCUCGGACAGGGCACUCAGGUCUUCAUCAUGACCUUCAUCACCCUUUUCUUGGCCUGUCUGGGCUUCCUGUCUCCAGCCAACAGAGGGGCUCUCAUGACCUGUGCAGUGGUGUUGUGGGUUCUGCUUGGCACACCUGCUGGAUAUGUGUCUGCCAGACUCUAUAAGACUUUUGGUGGUGAAAACUGGAAAACCAAUGUUCUUCUCACAGCCUUUUUGUGUCCUGGGAUUGUGUUUGUGGAUUUCUUCCUGAUGAAUCUGAUCCUGUGGGUAGAGGGCUCCUCCGCUGCUGUUCCCUUUGGCACACUGGUGGCCAUCCUGGCACUGUGGUUCGGCAUCUCUGUUCCUCUUACUUUUGUGGGUGCAUACUUUGGCUUCAAAAAACCAGGCAUCGAGCCACCAGUGCGAACAAACCAGAUCCCACGCCAAAUUCCUCCGCAGUCCUUCUUCACCAAACCUGUGCCGGGUAUCAUCAUGGGCGGCAUCCUGCCCUUCGGCUGCAUCUUCAUCCAGCUCUUCUUCAUCCUCAACAGCAUUUGGUCUCAUCAGAUGUAUUACAUGUUUGGCUUCCUUUUCCUGGUCUUCAUCAUCCUGGUCAUUACUUGCUCUGAGGCAACUGUUCUGCUCUGCUACUUCCAUUUAUGUGCAGAGGAUUAUCACUGGUGGUGGCGAUCAUUCCUGACCAGCGGUUUCACAGCAGUCUAUCUGUUUGUCUACGCAGUGCAUUACUUCUUCUCAAAACUACAAAUCAUAGGGGCUGCAAGCACCAUCCUCUACUUUGGCUACACCUUGAUCAUGGUGCUCAUUUUCUUCAUUUUUACAGGUACUAUAGGCUUCUUCGCUUGCUUCCUGUUUGUUAAUAAAAUCUACAGCGUGCUGAAGGUGGACUAAGGGAAGGACAUUUGGAGAACACAACAUCAUUUUACAGAUCAGCUUUCAUGUGGAAGUCUGAAUAGACAUUUAAAUGAAGGUUAAAAGAACGGCUGGUGUGUUUGGCUCAACUGUAAUUCACUGACUUGCAACAGGUGUGCUUGUGAACUCCAAAGACCAUUUUUCAGUGCUUUACUUGUCUCACGCUACCUGUGACUUCAUUCCAGCUAAACCUACCACACCCAUUUCUUAUGUAGAAAAUUGUCUUAUGCUUUUAUAUUGAUCCAAAUGUAUGUUUUACAUUUGACUUCAUCAUCUGUAAAGACAUAAUUUGAAUAUUUAAUACAAUUAUUCCUGUCCAUGAUUUUUUGGUACAGAAUUUGUUUUGAAAGAUCAGAUGGGACACAAUUUCGGGUGCGGUCACAUUUUCCUUUGUAUGGUGAAAUGCUGUGAGCUAAAAGCAGUCAUCUUAAUAAAAAUCCACGCAUUUGCGUGAGUGACUCGUGAAAACAUUCCAUAUGCA